AUGAGACGAAUCAAACUCGACCCCAACCCCAUAGGCGAGGAGAACUUCCUCUUCAUCAACGCCUUCAAAGAGUGGGGCGAGGGCAACGUCCUCGAGGCCUCGAGGCAAUGGGGGUUCAACUUCAGCGCCGCGCUGCACGAGGCGCUCACCCUCGGCCAGUCGAUACCCUGGAAAGACGACCUGAUCGCUCAAGCCGAAUGGAUAGGGACUGUUGUCUCGGGCGCGCCGAGCCUCUGCGGUCUAGACUCUGUCCUGGUUCGCCAACAUGGCUACUAUCCAAGGCAAAUGAGUCACUUCUCUGGUGUGCGUCUCGACGUACGCUACGCUCAAUUGUUAGCAUAG